AUGGAAAACCAGAAGAUCUUGGUUAAACAUCCGUCUGUGAAAGUUCUGUCUCACAAGCAGAUCAAGACAACGAUAUAUCUCAAAUCAAAGACACCGUAUAUUUCUGCGCUGAAGAGAGUUACCAAGUUCAUGACCCAGUUGCAGCGACAAGGAGCCGAAUAUGUCACUGUUCUGGGGAUGGGGAAAGCUGUAGAAAAAACGCUGUCAAUUGCGUGCCAUUUCCAAGAAGAGAAGGGCAAAAAGGUUGUGGUUUUGACUCAAAGUGUUGCGCUGCUGGAUGAGAUUCUAGCUGACGAAAACGACGACGAGAACGUUGAAGACAUUGAAGAUGAAGAUAGAGAAACCGUGCUGCGAAAGAGGACUGUUAGCGGCGUAGAGGUGCGAAUAUACCCUUAG